GCGUGAACUUCUUGCGCGACUUGCCCUUUUCCUGUCCUUUCUUGCUUCGACAAGGUCUCAAUUGCAACCGGCCACUUUGCCUCUUUUCGCUCCUCCCCCUCAACCAAUCUUUUCCUCGCGGUUUUGCUGCCUAUCCUUUGCAAGCAAACCUUCCAUCCUUCUCCUCCUUCUCCAAAAAGCACCACCAGAGCAUCCUUAGCUUCGCGAUCGUCAGCACCUUGUUCGUAGCUUAGCUGUCAGGCGCCUCAUCCGCACGUACAGUCUGCACUCUUGACAGCCUGCAGCAAGCCCGUCAUCGUGCCGUUGCAUCUGCUUCUGCCGCCGCCGCCGCCACCACCCGAAGCUCACUACCGGAUCACACGACCCGGCUCCUCCUAGUAACCGCGGCCCAAGAAGCUCCCCCGCCGCCGCCUUCCCGACCGAAAAGCCGAAAACAAUCCCUCAAAUCCCAAUUCCUCCCGCGCGCCGCCUCGCAAACCGCCCAUCAUGAACGCAGCCCGCUUCCUCCGCCGUCCCGCAACCUUUGCUCUCCGGCCCUCCUUCAUCGUUCCCCAGUCUUCCGCCUCCUUCUCCUCCUCCGCCUCCUUCAACUUUGCCCGCACAAUGGCCGCCGCCGCCAAGAUCAAGGUCAAGAAUCCCGUCGUCGAGCUCGACGGCGACGAGAUGACCCGCAUCAUCUGGCAGACCAUCAAGGAUAAGUUCAUCCACCCCUACCUCGACUUCGACCUCAAGUACUACGAUCUCGGCCUGCCCUACCGUGACGAGACCAACGAUAAGGUCACCCUCGACGCCGCCGAGGCCAUCAAGAAGUACUCGGUCGGUGUCAAGUGCGCUACCAUCACUCCCGAUGAGCAGCGCGUGGAGGAGUUCAAGCUUAAGCAGAUGUGGCUCUCCCCCAACGGAACCAUUCGCAACCACCUCGGCGGUACCGUCUUCCGCGAGCCCAUUGUCAUCCCCCGCGUUCCCCGCCUGGUGCCCGGCUGGAAGAAGCCCAUCAUCAUCGGCCGUCACGCCUUCGGCGACCAGUACCGCGCCAAGGAUGCCGUUCUCCCCGGCAACGGCACCCUGAAGAUGGUCUACACCCCCGAGGGUGGCGAGCCCCAGGAGAUUGAGGUCUACAAGUUCAAGAACGGCGGCGGUGUUGCUCAGACCCAGUACAACACUGACGAGUCCAUCACCGGCUUUGCUCACGCUUCCUUCAAGCUCGCCCUCACCAAGAAGCUGCCCCUGUACAUGAGCACCAAGAACACCAUUCUCAAGAAGUACGACGGCCGCUUCAAGGACAUCUUCCAGGAGCUCUACGAGACCAAGUACAAGGCCGAGUUCGAGGCCGCUGGCAUCUGGUACGAGCACCGUCUCAUUGACGACAUGGUUGCUCAGAUGGUCAAGUCCUCCGGUGGCUACAUCAUGGCCCUGAAGAACUACGACGGUGACGUCCAGUCCGACAUCGUCGCCCAGGGCUUCGGCUCCCUCGGCCUCAUGACUUCGGUCCUCAUUACUCCCGACGGCAAGACCUUCGAGUCCGAGGCCGCCCACGGCACGGUUACCCGCCACUACCGCGAGCACCAGAAGGGCAACGAGACCUCCACCAAUCCCAUCGCCUCCAUCUUCGCGUGGACCCGCGGUCUCAUUCAGCGCGGUAAGCUCGACGAGACCCCCGAGGUCGUCGCCUUUGCCGAGUCCCUCGAGAAGGCCUGCAUCGACACCGUCGACGUUGACGGCAUCAUGACCAAGGACUUGGCCCUCGCUUGCGGCAAGACCGCCCGCUCUGACUACGUCACCACCAACGAGUACCUCAACGCCGUCGAGCGCCGCAUGAAGAACAUCCUCAAGGAGAAGUUGUAAAUUCAGAGAAAACCACCAAAGAAAGAAAUGCGGACCCGCCGUUGUUCAAAUCAACAAACAACACCCUUGUAGACCUCAAGAAAACGCUACAUUCUGUAGAGAGAGGGGGCGAAAGUCGGCUUCCUAUGGGAUAGACGAACCUUCAAGACAUAAGAAAGGAGGCGGAACAAUCCACGAUCUACGAAGCUCCCCCUUCGCGUAUGCGGGGAAGAGGGCCUUCUGUAUCUAACCUGCGUGAACAUGCGAAUCUUGUUUUCUCUCUUGCAUAUCGAAGCUGCAGAAGCAUGAUGGAUCAUCUCUCUGUAUUUCCCGUCGGCUCUUUGUUCUUUCUGGUUUCUGUUCUAGUCAACUUGAUAUCAUCUGGUUCCAGCAUAUUGACACAUGGCAUAUGGAGGGUUUGGCUUUGUUUGUACAUAGUGAUGCGGCUACCGUUGGUAAAUACCAAAUGUCGAGAUCCACAGCCAAUAAAAGAGA